CCUGACUCAUACACGGCCCUGCAGUCCUGUGCGUCACAACCAGCAUGUUGUUUGCUGGUGUUCUCCUAGCCCUCCUGGGCCUGGCAGCCUCCUGCAGUUUCAUCGUGCCCCGCAGUGAGUGGAAGGCCCUGCCAUCUGAGUGUUCUAAGCCCUUGAGGCACCCAGUUCGCUAUGUGGUGAUCUCACACACAGCGGGUAGCUUCUGCAACAGCCCGGACUCCUGUGAGCAGCAGGCCCGCAAUGUGCAGUCUUACCAAAUGAAAGAUCUGGGCUGGUGCGACGUGGGCUACAACUUCCUCAUUGGAGAGGAUGGUCAUGUGUAUGAAGGCCGAGGCUGGACCAUCAAGGGUGACCACACAGGGCCCACCUGGAAUCCCAUGUCUAUCGGCAUCACCUUCAUGGGUAACUUCAUGGACCGGGUACCCGCAAAGCGGGCCGUCCGUGCUGCCCUAAAUCUUCUGAAAUGUGGGGUGUCUCAGGGCUACCUGAGAUCCAACUAUGAGGUCAAAGGACACCGGGAUGUGCAAAGCACUCUCUCUCCAGGUGACCAGCUCUAUGAGAUCAUCCAACGCUGGGAUCACUAUCGAGAGUGAGACCUUGAGACCUUGCCGAGUCCCCACCCUGAAAUCCCCCCUGCCACCUGUUCCUUCCCAGUGACCCCAAUAAAGACUCAGCACCAAGCAUGCUCCGGUGAA